AUGUCCAAAGAGGCGCCGCCCAUCAUGCGCAAACUGCUUAUUGGUCAGCUUAAAGACCUCCGGUAUGAAGCGGUUACCUCAAAGGAAGGAAAUUCAAUUCACAGUGUCCCGUUCACUCCAGGACGUCAACUCCUUUUCUCGUUAGUCUGGCUCCAAGGGCGCGUUCUUGGCACUGCUUCAGAAGCUUCGAUCUUGAGAUUCUUGUUGGACGAUGCCACGGGGUCUGUCUUGGUAACCAUCCAACCAGACACACAACCGCCGACGCCCGGGUCCUACGUCUCAGUUGUCGGUGAGGUAGAGCGGGUUUCCGGCACUACACCAGGUCCCUGUGGUGAUUUGACCCCUUCAAUAGUGUCCUGGCAAAUCUCUGCUCGGUCCGUUAUGUCGCUCUCUCAGGCAGACAAGUGCUUUUGUAAAGACGACGACGCCACAGGACAGCGCACCCCUUCCUCCGUGUACGCCGAACUGGCGUGGCCUCUAGAAGUCAUGGACAUGAGUCAAAACUUCUGGGCCCCUACUUAG